UACCCUACUAUCAUGCCGUCUGAACGCGACGCACUCUUAAAUAAGUCAGGUGAUGUCUGGAAACCCACCCUCGAACUCCGUAUUAUACAACUGGUAACCUGGGCCAACGUUUUUCUUGUCGGGUUUGACGCUACAAUUGCAGCAGCAACUUACGCUAUCAUUGGUUCCAGCUUCCAGGAUGCCAACAAUGCGGUAUGGAUAAGCACAUCUUAUCUUAUAACUUCAACAUCUUUUCAGCCGCUCUAUGGUAGACUAUCCGAUGUGGAUAUGUUCGGCAGGCGUAAAUGCUUCCUUUUCGCUACUACUGUUUUCUGGCUUGGUAGCUUAUUGUGUGGUGUUGCACCUAAUAUGCUAUCACUCAACCUUGCCCGUGCAUUCACUGGUAUCGGUGGUGGUGGUCUCCAAUCUGUCGCGACCAUCAUCCUGAGCGAUUAUGUUCCAUUCCAACAUAGAGGAAAAUACCAGUCAGCUAAUAAUCUAUGGAAUGGACUCGGUGCAGCACUAGGAGCAAGUUUAGGUGCAUGGAUUACUGAGCGUUUCAAUUGGAGGUUCAUGUUUCUUGUUCAACUUCCAGUUUGCACGCUCGGUAUAAUAGGAGGCGCGAUUUAUAUAAAAGAACCCAACUACGUCAAAGGACCACUCGAGGAUGAUGUUGCAAACAAGAAGCAAUUGAAAGAUAUUGAUAUCUUAGGUUCACUCACGCUAGUCCUCGGAUUGAGUUCACUCCUUGCCGGUCUAAACCUGGGCGGUAAUGACAAGCAGUGGUCAGAUCCGCUCGUCGUCGGUUUCCUUGUCAGCGCUGCUGUCUUUCUUAUUGGUUUUUGGAUAGUUGAACUCAACGCUGUCGCGCCAAUUCUCCCUCCUCGUCUCCUUAGAAGCACUCUCGCAUAUAGCAAUAUCACAACAAAUUUCUUUUCAGGUGCUGCAUGUAUUUCUUUCCUCUUCCUCACACCACUCUACUUUGAAUCCGUCAAGCAAGAGAGCAGCGGGACGGCUGGACGUCGUCUCAUUGUUCCGGCCUUGGGUUUUCCAGCUGGUGCUCUCGUAGCUGGCUACGUUAUGUCGAGAUAUGGAUACCUUAAUAGAUUAGUUCAAGUAGGAUGCGUUAUCGCUACAAUCGGUUGUGCACUCCCGCUCAAUUUUGACAGUUCAGGAACAAAUAGCGAUGCGACUUACUUUUGGUCACUUGUUCCGACUAAUAUUGGUCAAGGCCUUAUCAAUCCUUCCUCUUUGUUCACUAUGUUGGCUGCAUUUAGCCAUGCUGAACAAGCAGUAUCGACAUCGGUCGUCUAUCUCUUUAGGAACGUCGGCUCAGUAUUUGGUGUUACUGUCACAGCAACAAUUUUCCAGAAUUACGUGAUGGUUUAUCUCCCUGAUGCUCUCUCUGGACUUGACAAUUCAGAUGAUAUAGUCGAUAAAGUUCGUAAAUCUGUCGAUGCAAUCCAUGAUGUUCCAAUAGAGUACAGACUUGCAGUUAAGAGUGUAUUAGCCAAUGGUCUCAAGUCCGCCUAUGGCUGUAGUACAUUAUUUGCAAUUUUCGCUUUGGUUUCUUCUUAUUGGGCGUAUGGAGGCAGUCUUGAAAGAAAGGAUUCAGAUGAGACAUUAUCAGCUCAAUACGUCAGUCAAGGUGAAGAAGAAUUAUCACAAGAAAUCACAAUACCAGUAUGUAGAGCAUGAUAACAUGAUUAUAUAGACAAAGCAUGCAUAUCGUUAGUUAAGAUGCAAUUUAUUCAUCCAUAUGUUAAAUAAAAUACAAAAAUCUAUAAUGAG